AUGGCUUGUUCUAUUCCUACGGAUAACAACACAACGAUUCCAAAUUGGCUUGACCUUCCGGUAGAAAUUACAGCAAACAUACUUCAGAGGCUUAAUACCAUUGAUAUUGUGACAAGUGCAUGUAAAGUGUGUCCACUAUGGGAGAAUAUAUGCAAGGAUCCUCUCAUGUGGCGCACCAUUCGCAUGAGAUACAAUGACGCUUCUCCAUAUAUCUUUAAUCAUGUCGAUUUGGUCAAGAUCUGCCGUUUUGCUGUUAAACAAAGUUGUGGUCAUUUGGAAGACAUUGACAUUGAUUAUUUUUGCACCGAUGAUCUCCUUCGAUACAUAACUGUGAAUGCCGGUAACUUACGACGCAUGCGGCUUGCAAGUUGUCAGGGAAUAUCAUAUAUGGGAUUCAGUAAGGCUGUGAUAAAACUUUCAAAGUUAGAAGAGGUGGACAUUUCAUUUUGCAACCUACCGUGGGAAUGUCUUGAAGACCUUGGCAGUUCUUGUCCACUUUUGAAAUCGUUCAAAUUUGAACUGAUGAAUACGCUGCAGUGCUCUAAUUAUCAUGCUUUUGCUAUUGCAGAAACAAUGCAAGGGUUAAUCCAUCUAGAUAUUCAAGGAAAUAUACUCAAUAAUACUGGAUUGCUCGCAAUUCUAGAUGCGUGUCCUCUUCUUGAAUCACUUGACAUUGACAGAUGUUUUAAUCUCAAUUUGACUGGAAAUUUGGGGCAAAGGUGCCGUGAGCAGAUCAAAGUUUUGCGACUGCCAAGAUGGUUUAACGAUGAUCAAUAUUGUUCAGACGUUGAUUUGGAUGCUGAUUAUGAUGAUUAUGGGGAUGUUCCUUAUGAUUAUAGAGAAUAUUGA